CCAUCACAACCCACAAGCUGACACCAACAAUCAACAUGUCCACCAACGAUCAGACCUCCACUCUGCAGUCCUACGUCGACUCCGCCAAAGGCGCUGUGCAAUCCGCAGUGGGCUCAUUGACCGGCAAUCCGGCAGAUAAGCGUGAAGCGGAGAACAAGAAAGCCGCCGCCGACGUCGAACACGACCUCUCCCAUUCCGCCGCCAAAGCCGGUCCCUUCACUGCCACUCCUUCCGGUGGCGUCGCCAAAGACGAUCCCAACCGCACGCAGGGCACGUGGAACCAGACCAUCGGCGCUGGUAAGGAAGCCAUCGGCGGCUUGGUCGGCGCAGAGGGGCUCCGACAGGAAGGCAUUCGUCAGAACCAGGAGGGCAAGGGACAAGAGGCUGAGGGCCAGCUCAAGGACCUCAAGAGGGGUGCGGCGGAUCGCGUUGGAGGGACUGUUGGAAGUGUGGUCGCGGGGUUGACUGGGAGUGAGGAGCAGAGGAGGGCAGCGGAGAGGCAGCAUGAUGAGGGGAAGGCCAGGCAGAGGGGUGUGGAGGCUGACUUGCAGAAGGAGGCUGAGGAGGAUAGGCGUGUCUAAAUUGGAGCACUUCGGAGGAGAUGAGAAGUGUACUUUGGGAUGUGAAGGGAUCGGUUUUAGCCUCUUGACGAUAUGAUACCCCUUUCAUCAGGCUAGGUACCUGCGAAUGAACUGGACACUGUAACAGUCAAUUCUCGUCAUUCUUGAUCGCAGCAAGAUCCGUGAAUGCAUGCACAGUGAGUAGGGACACUAGAUCGGAGGUAAGAGGAAUAACACUAGAAAAUUGAAAGCGGCUUAAAUUGGGAGCAUUCGUUGCUAGUGGAAGAAUUCGUUGAGUAUAAAUGAAGAAUAUACAGGUAAGAAGAGUUUAUACAAAAGCCUCCAUACACGCUGCAACGCAUCAAAUACUCAAGGGGUAUCAGAAGAAGAUAAAUCAAAAAGGCACGGUAC